CUCCGAUCAACCUUCCCGACGAGAAAGACACAGCCUCCGACGGAAAGCCAGAGUCGCUCGCCGACCGCAAUGCCACAUACGAUCACGCUCAGCUCCCCGGAGCGCCAAACAACACUGCUGGACCACCAGGCGGGCCAAUUCCCAAUGGUGGAAUCAAAGCGUGGAUACAGGUGCUUUCAAGCUGGAUGCUCUUCUUCAAUACAUGGGGCAUUCUGAAUACCUUUGGAGUAUACCAGACCUACUACGAGAGCGGACAGUUGUUCGUAGAGACCUCGAGCAACAUCUCAUGGAUCGGCUCGAUUCAGUCGUUCAUGGUCCUCCUGGUGGGCGCAUUCGUGGGUCCCAUCUAUGACCGAGGACAUUUCAGGGCCCUUCUCAUCGCAGGCUCGUUUCUCAUUGUAUUCGGACACAUGAUGCUCAGCCUGUGCACCGAAUUCUGGCAAUGUCUACUCGCACAGGGGUUUGUGAUUGGCAUCGGAGGUGGUUGUCUCUUUGUGCCUUCAGUGGCCAUCUUGCCAACAUACUUCUCGACCAGAAUUGGUCUGGCCAUCGGCCUGGCUGCAAGCGGGAGCUCGAUGGGUGGUAUCAUCUACCCCAUCAUGUUCUACCGACUCAUCAACCACGAGAACCUUGGUUUCGGCUGGUCAGUGCGGAUCUUGGGUUUCACGGCACUGGCUACUUUGCUCAUCCCCGUCUUCUUGAUGCAGCAGAGAGUGAAGCCGCCAAGACCUAGGUCACUUGUCGACUGGACGGCGUUCAAAGAUGUCCCCUUUAUGACUUUUGUGUUUGGCUGCUUGAUAGGCUUCAUCGGACUCUACGUCGGCUUCUUCUACAUCAGCUUCUACGGUCAGCAUCGCGGAUACACCAGCGAUAGCCUCUCGUUCUAUCUGGUGCCUAUCCUGAAUUCUGGAUCCGUAUUUGGCAGAGUGCUUCCCAACAUCUUGAGCGACAAGAUUGGUCCUUUGAACGUCAUCGCGCCAGGAUCCACCAUUGUGGGUAUCGUCUUGUUUUGUCUGCUCGCAGUUCGCAAUGCAGGAGGAAUGGUCGUGGAAGCGCUGCUUUUCGGGUUCUUUAGCGGCAUCUUCGUCGCUCUUCCACCCGUCGUGAUCGUCGCACUCACCAAGGAUAAGAGCAAAGUGGGCACGAGAAUUGGAAUGGCAUUCGCAAUGAUAGGGUUCGGAGUCCUCGCAGGCGGUCCCGGAGGUGGCGCUAUCCUGGGCACGGGUGCAGCCAAAUUGCACUGGACGGGCACGUGGACAUAUGCUGGUGUCACCACACUCUUCGCCGGCAUGGUCUUUGUCGUUUUGAGAGUGAUGGUGGGAGGUACGAAACUCCAAGCAAAGGUUUAACAUCGACAG